CAGACGCGGCGGUGGCGGGCGCGGGCGGCCGGGGCCAUGAGGCGGCGGGGCGCGGUACAGCGCAAGGUGCCGUGUCUGUUCGUCACCGAGGUGAAGGACGAGCCGUCGGCCAAGCGGGAGCGACAGCCAUUUAAAGUUUUGGCAACUGACACCAUAACUGGAAAGGCAUUAGAGGCAGAUGUACACAAUGCAGUUCCUACUGAAAAGGUGGAUGGAACCUGCUGUUAUGUAACUACGUAUAAAGGACAACCCUACCUAUGGGCCAGGUUGGAUCGAAAACCCACCAAACAAGGUGCAAAAAGGUUUAAACGAUUCUUGUAUUCAUUGGAAGCUUGCAAAGAAUUUGUUUGGAAUAUUGAAGAGGAUUUCAAGCCUGUUCCAGAUACCUGGAUUCCAGCAAAGGACAUAGAAUUCUGUAAUGGCAAUCCUUUGCCCGAUGAAAAUGGACAUAUGCCAGGUUGGGUGCCUGUGGAGAAAAAUAGUAAGCAGUAUUGCUGGCACUCAUCUGUUGUAAAUUAUGAGGCUGGAAUAGCACUGGUCUUGAAACACCAUACUGACCCAGGGCUUCUGGAAAUCAGUCCUGUGCCAUUAUCAGAAAUUUUAGAACAAACAUUGGAGCUUAUUGGGACUAAUAUUAAUGCAAAUCCAUAUGGACUGGGAAGCAAGAAGCACCCUGUACAUCUUCUCGUACCACAUGGAGCAUUUGAAAUAAAGAAUCCACCUGCUUUGAAGCAAAAUGACAUACUAUCUUGGUUUGAAAGCUGCACUGAGGGUAAAGUUGAAGGAAUUGUGUGGCACUGCCAUGAUGGGUGUUUAAUCAAGCUUCAUCGUCAUCAUCUUGGUUUACCUUGGCCACUUGCAGAGACCUACCUGAAUUCUCAGCCUGUUGUAAUUUCUUUUAAUAGAACUAAAUAUGACUAUGACUUUGAACCAAAGAGUUUGUUUCACCAUUUUUCAGAGUUGGAUGGACAAAGAUUUGACAGACUAAAAGACAUCAAGUUUGAUGCUUGAAAUGAUUAUUUUUCUUUUAAGUUAAUUGUUGUAUGUGUUGCAUUCCUCUUACUUGUGUCUACUACAGAAUUCUUCUUCAUGAAUAAUCUUCUAUCUUAGGCAACAGCCCAAGUAGUAUGUAAUUUUAAGUUUAUACUUAAUGACUAAUUUUAAAUAACAGAUCUGACAGCUCGAGCAGAGAUCUAGUUUCCAGCAUGUUUAUUUUCUGAAAACUUCUUAACUUUUGAACCCAUUACUGGAAACUGUUAGCAUUAAGUGYAGGAAGUGUGUUGUCUAACACUGGCUGGUCCUCAGAUCUUUACUAAUGAAUGCAAUCAACUGGAAAAUUUACACAGGUUGAACUUCUACAAAUGUGUAAUUAUUAUGAUCUACUAUGUGUAGGUUUGAGAUGUAGCAUAAAGUUUCUUAACAGUAAAAGGACAUAUUUCAGGUGGGACCAGAACUAGUCCUAAACUUUGACUCUUUAAGUUGUAACAGUUUCUUGCGGGGGGAAAACUUCCUGGUAUAAUUUACCUGUUUAUCUGCAACCUGAUACCAUUUAAUACCCCAACUAACAUAUAUCCUACAGGCAUUUGCACUAUUUUGGGGCAAAAAGAGUUAAUAAUAGAGAACAUACUAGUUUUAUUUUGGAGAUCCUAGUAAGUGGAGAGAGRCAGGACUUGGCUUAAUAAUUUCCAUUUACAACAGCAUCUCUGUUAGGAAAUUUCAUCAAGGGCAUAUUAAAUAAUAGAAGGUGUAUAAAUAAUAAAGUUGAAAUUGAUCA